GGCGGUAACAGAGCAACGGGGACAGGGACAACAAGGGCUCGGCCGCGGCUGGCAGGGCGGAGGAGCCCGGCCGUCUGUCUGUCCAUCCUCUCACAAAGCUGCACACUGUCCGAACUGUGUGGCCGGCGGUUAGGAAGCAGCUGCGUGAGGGGAAACGAGUGUAAUAAAAGGCCCAGUGUCUGUGGCUUCUCGGGCUUCUGUGGAGCUCUGGAAACCCUGAAGUGUGGGCAGUUUUCAACCUUCAAAAGUAAGACAAACCACGCCUGGAAAGGGUGGUCAGAGGGGGACAAUGCUCGCCCUCUCUCUCCUGAGCCGGGGCCACGGGAAGUUGGUCCAGAGCAAACAGAGGCUGGAGGUCUACUUUGAACCAGAGGAUUACCUGAACUGGAAGUCCCCGGAAGACUAUGUCCUGGUCAGCAGGCCUCAGGACGGACACAGUGCUGAGCAGCACUCCUGGAGCCUUUUUCUUCCCAAGACUUUUAGCACCAGAAAGGGCGCUCUGAUCCUUUACUCAGAGGGCCUGGCCAUCCCAGCCUGGACUCCCAGGGAGAGGAGAAAGGAUGUCUCCCGCCCCACGGGCCACAGGGAGCGGCUGGCUCUGGAGCUGCACACACUUCAAGAUCUCCAAGAAGCCAUCCUGGCCUACGGAAGGACACAGAGGCAGCAAGGCCACACCUGGCAGCCCUACCUCUACUUCCGAAGACAGUCAGAGAGCCAGGCCCAGCGGCAGAUCCAGCCCGGGUAUUCGGCCAAGAGAUACCUCCGCGGCUUCCUGCGGACCUGGUCCCCCGAUGCCACGUACAGGCUCCACCGUGCAGGGUACAUCAAGGAUUCCGUGCUACUCCAGGACACUCGACCUAGCAUGCCAAAGUAUCUCAGGUUCCAACAAGACCUGUCAGGGGCACCCCCGAGGUACCAGCUGCUGCCUGUCUUCCCACCAUUUUGGAUUCAACAAGGAAAAUCUUUUCAGCAAGGUGAACAGGGCCCAGAUGAAGGGGAAGCUGUAGCGGCUGGACACAUGCACCAGGGCAGCCCAGCCAAGUGCCAAGGUGGGCAGGGGACUCCUUUGCUGCCACACAGGGAAGCCGGAACCCAGGCAGAGGACACCUCGGCAGAGGGUGGCCCUCCUGUCCAUGCCUCGGAAAAGAGCCACAGUGAGGAGACACGGCGACCCCGCAGGAAGGCUCUUGGGCAAGCCCACAUAAGUCCCCCUUGGCUCCUGGGUGACAAAUCCAACCCUGCACCUCAUGCAGGCACCUUCCCCAGUCGGACAGCGGACCUCAGCCACAAAAAAGGGACCAAGGAACGCUGCAAGGCUAGAGGCAGCCACCUCUUCCCAGAGCUGCCUGCAGAGAGACACCUUUUCCCUCUGGUUGCAUCUGUCACUGCCUCCAAACACAGCAGCCCUGGGGAAGCAAAGGAGAAAAAGGCACCAAAGGCUUUGAAAUUACCUCCUAUUUUGGAAGAGCCACCCAGAAUUCUUGACCCCCUGAGCAGCCAAUUUAAAGUCAAUGAACCUCCAACAGAGCUCUUCAUCAUUCCAAUGGAGAUCCAUUUCCACACUCCACACCCCCCAAAGGAGAAAGCCUGCAAAAGAGGUCCUGAGCUUCCCCUGCGGAGGCUCCACGAGCAGGACCUCCUAGGGAGGCCGAGGCCCAGGGCGAUCCACGUGCGGCUGCCGGUGCCCCCAGAUGACGCCCUGUCUGAGGAUGCAGCCCCAUCCCUGGGCCCUCUGCCCCCGAUUACAGGGAAAACCAGUCUGGAGAGCCAGGGCAGCCCCGGGACGCCAGGCCGCGGUGAGAUGCCCCCCAGCGCCCAGCACACGCAGGCACCGGCAGCAGGACCAGUCUAUGAAUCUGUCCAAUCUAAUGUCAUUCCUGAAGAGGAAGGGGCGUGUGUUCAGCACCUCCAAGAAGCUAAUGCUGCGUCCGGGACCGGUCUUCCCAGGCAUCUUCGCGGGAGCUCGCCUUUGACGCGCACCGCAGAGAAGCAGGGAUCCCCACCGUCCUUGGAGGCCAAGGCUCAGAAGGUGGGAACGCCUCAAAGCAGCAUGGAUGAAGAGCCGAGGUGGUUGGACCGAAGGGCGCUGCAUGUGGACAUGAUGCCACUGCUGCAGGUUCAACACUCACUGUGCUCGUGGGGCUCCCACAGACAGUCAGCUUCAGGGUUCCAAGGACAAGCACAGGGAGCACAGCGGAGGACAGCAGGCAGCCUGUCCGGCCCGGAGCUGUGCAGAGCCCGCUCUCAGCAUUUCCACUUGUGGAUCUUCCUUUUUUGCCUGGCACAGGAAAGCGGAGAGGACCAGGACUCUCAUGAAGAUCAGGAAGAAGCUCCUGGGGAAAACGACAGAGAUGGCAGCCAAGAGCCAGAGCCAGGCUGUGUGCCACACACACACACCAGCGCUGCCCUGGCUGGGCACAUACAGACCCUCAAGACUGGCACCAUGGAAAACACGGGUGGAGGUGCCGGGGCUCCCCGGCUGCACAGCGGACUCCCCGGACCCGCUCCGGAGCCCCCCGCACCCCUCUCACCGCGCGCAGAACCGGGGCCAACUGAACGGAAACAGCGCGCCCGGCGCUCGCCAGCCGGCGCCCCUGCCGAGAAAGAGUUGACUGACAAGACCAAGAGGAAGAAGAAAGCCGAGGCGGAGAAGAGCAGAAAGCCCGCGGGGCAGACAGCAGGGCCAGAGCCAGGGACUCGGGUAGCAGACCCUGCAGAAGGCAGAUCAGAGGAUGCAAAGGCUCAGAGGAAAUCAGCGCCAAUCGCCAGAGGAGGAAGCCCCGGAGCCAGAAGGAGGAGGAAAGCCGAGCUAGGCGGGCCCAAUUGCACCGGUUCCGAGGGGUCUGAGGGCGCCCCGAGUGGGGAUCUGCUCCCAGCGCGGCCCGGUGCUUCCAAGGUUUCUGUGGAUGCAACGUCAGCCACCACCCAGGAGAAGGCGGCGCGGGACCGGCUGCACGCACUGAAGGCGGAGAGGCGGCUGCAGGAGGUGGUGAAGAGGAGGAGGGCGCAGGACGAGCAGCGCCGCGGCCAGCAGGAGCCGCUGGAGGGCGAGGAGGCGGCAGGUCUGCGGCAGAGGCUCUCGGAGGAGCCCAGCUCCAGGAGACCGAGCCUGGAAGAGCGGCGACCGCAGGAGGAGGCGGCAGCCGAGCGGCGGCGGGCGGCCCAGGACCGCGCGCGGCUGCAGCGUGAGGAGCUGCGCAGGGCGCUGCAGGAAGCGCAGCGCAGGCGGCAGCAGGAGAUGGCGGCAAGAGCCGGCACAAAGCUGCUGUGGAGAAUCAUCUUGGUUUCUGUCAAGAACUCAAUAAGGAAGCCCAGGGUCUGCAGUGGACACAGAACAUUUCCAGACCGUGGGUUUAUUCUUAUUUCCAGUUCCUACAAACGCCCAGGCCAUGACGCCAGAAGGAUGCGAAAAUACUUGCUGCCACCAUGAAGAGCUGCCCCCUGCCUUGGAGCCAGCCGAGUAUGGGCUGAAAUAUCCACAAACUGAGAGCUAAGUGAACCUUUCCUUCUUUCAUUUUGAGUGUUGAGUAUUUUGUCCCAGGACUGAGAAAAAAGUAACCAAGAUAGAUGCUAAUCCAGGAAUCCAGCUCACAACUAGUGUAAGCUAUGAGGAUUCCGCAUUGACAAUAUAUGUAUCUUUCUCUUUUAAGGGUUUUUUUGGUACUAGCAAUUGAACUCACAACCUCACACUUGCCAGGCAGGCACUGCACCACUGAGCUAUAUCCCAGUCCUCUACGUGUAUCAUUUUAAAAGAAAGUUCUCUGAUGUUAAAGAUAUGGAAUAAAAUUAGCAAAACCCUGUAAUACUAUGCAGGAAGACUAAUGUUAGCACUUAAAUUUAACAUACAGCUGAACACUCAUUUACAACCUUCAGUUACUUUCAAGCUAGUUCCACAUCUUAUGAAUUCAACUUUGAAAUGGCCCACAAGAGAGCAAAUAGAAUUACACAGCAUUUAAUAAGAUCAGAAUGCUUUCUCCUUGAGUUUCUAAUGGUGAAUAAUAAAACAGGAUCCUCUUUUUACAGAUUUCAGAUAAGAAAAUUUAUGGCAAAGCACUGUAUUUCAUACCAGAAGACACAAACCUGUCUUUGACAGUAUGAUUCUUUGAGUUUCUUGAGAUGUGUUGUCAUUUUCACUUUGAAAUGAAUCUCACUGCUAUCCUAAGAAGAUAAAAGAAAAACAAUUAUUCCUCUUUAUAUAAAUAUUUACUUUGCUUGAAUUAAGUUCUUUAUUUUUUUAAGGAGAUAAAACAAAACAUUAAAAUGGAAUAAAACAGCAAAAAGAACAUUGGAUUUCAAAAACAAGACAAAAGGAAAUUCCCCACAGUUAUAUUGCAUACUGUUACCCCCUCAACAGAUGCUUGGACUACCUGCCCCAGACCUGCAGAGUCGAUCAAUCAAUAUGAGCAUUAGAUUGUUUUCGUACCUCAGUUGCUAUCAUCCCAGCCUGUGUUCCUCUGAAUCAGCCAGUUGCCUAGGCAGGGAAGCCUCUUUUUGACUCCCACCUCGUGUACCGGCUGGCUCACAGGAAGGCAUAGAUUCACUUCCUGGUUCUCCUCCCAGCCCAUAGCUGCCGCUGGCUCACAGGAAGGGCAGGCUAACUUCUUGGUUCUCUUCUCUGCCCUCAUGGCUGCUGCUAGCUCACAGGAAGGGCUGACUUCUUGGUUCUCCUCCUGGCACAUCAGGGCUGCCACUGGCUCACAGAAAGAGUGGACUGACUUCUUGAUUCUCUCCAGGCCCACAUGGCUUCCCCUGGCUCACAGGAAGGGCAGGCGAUUUCUUGGUACUCCUAACACACAUGGUUACCACUGGCUCACGGGAAGGGCAGGCUGAUUUCGUGGUUCUCUUCCCCGCCCUGAUGGCUGCUGCUGGCUCAAAAAGAAUAAGCUGACUUCUUGGUUCUUUUUCAGGCCCAUGCUACCACUGGCUCACUGCAAUUAUUUUUUAGUUGCUCCAUAAUAAUAUAAAAGUAUAAUAUAAAACUUAAGAGAAUCAAGUAGAUUUCUCGAUGUUUGCACAAUCCAAUUCCUAUUUUUAAUUUACUAAUUAAUUACAUAGUUUAUAAACUACCUACUAUAAAAAUUUGGGAAAUAAAAGACAACUGUAGGAUUUGUUCAUUAAAGAACUUUUUAAGAAGUCUCAUUCAAAACUUUAGUGGAUGUGUUGAAAACAAUCUUGUCAUAGCCUGUCUGUGCCAUCACAGAGAAGGACCCAGAGUUUGCUCAGUUCGAGAGCCUAUAGGCUGAGUCCCUGUAGGAGGACAGCCUCGCACUAUAUCCAGCAGGGAUGUCCACCCCGGCCUCCUUUACUGCUGUCCAUAUCCCACUGGGUCCCUGUGCCAUUAAAAAUGGGUUCUGGGCUGGGGAUUUAGCUUAGCGUUGUGAGCACCUGCCUGGCAAGCGCAAGAUUGUGAGUUCAAUCCCUGGUACAAAAUAAUAAUAAAUAAUAAUAAUAAUAAUGGGUUCUGACAGUGAGGAGGCUGUGCAGGGCCGGCAUCACAGCUAAGGUUGGGGGCUGGCACCACCUCACUCACUCGAAGGCCCACAGGUGCUAGGCAGACCCCAAGGAUCACAUGGAAGCACGGGUUGUUGGCUAGAGAACCCCACCUGGAAACAGGCCCCCAAACUAAGUUCUUUGAUUACACACAUAUACUAAAACUAGAAACAUAAACUUUAUCACUUAUAUUUUUCUACCAAAAUAGUCUUUUUAUCAUUCUUUUUUUUUUUUUUUGGGGGGGGGGGUUGGGCCCAAACUCACGACCUCACAUUUAUCAAGCAGGCACUUACGCUGCUGAGCUAAACCCCCAGCUCUUUUUACCAUUCUUAACAGGAUUUUAAAAACACUUUAUUCCCUAGGCAUGGUGGCACACAUCUGUAAUCCCAGCCAAGGCACAAAGAUCACUGUAGUUUGACACCAGCCUGAACUACAGAGCUAGGCUGUAUCUAAAAAAAUAAACAAAAACUGUCUAUUCAUCCUCAAAACUGCUUUAUAUCCAUUAGAAAAAAAAAUUAAUAAUAAAGGUAAUCUGUGGUAGGUGUUAAAAUUAUCCACAUAAGUAUGUGUCAUGAUUUAUGUCAGCAGCCCCCAAGCGUCAUGCAAUUAAGGACUUGACCAAAUCUACCAUUUGUGAUCGGUAUGUCUUGCACUCAGAUUGGUGUUGUGAGUGCUACACUUGCCUACGUGUGGAGCCAGCAUACAAUGUAAUGAUGGGAAGAAGGUGUCUCUCUCUCUUGCCAGUUUGUACCUUGUUGUUUGUAGCAGCCAUGAAUGGCAGCCCCACCAUGCCACCCUACCUUGGAGCCAACUGACUAUGGAAUGAAACCUCCAAGAUCUGUAAGAGAUCAACCUUUUUUUCCCUAACUUUGGGCAUCAGGUAUUUUAUCUCAGUGAUGAAUAAAAAGUAACUAAGACAGAAUGUAUGUCAAAGAAUAUAUUCCUUUAUUACUGUACAUUCAUUCCACUGUCAAAGCAAAAGAUACCAUCAAACCUUUGAAAACUAACAUACAACAAAAAGUAAUCCCAAUGACAAUCUGCAAUGUAAGUGCCACUGCUGCCCUGAUUCUCAUGUUUUGAAUUUUUCUCUUUGAAAUGGAUUUGAAAAUAAUAAUAACAAUAAUAAUAACAAAGUAACCCCAGCCAAACAUGGUGGCACACAUGCCUGUAAUCCCAGCAUCCAGGAAGUUGAGGCAGGAGGAUCGAUGUGAGUUCGAAACUAGCUUGGGCUAUGAAGUAAAGUCAAGACCAGCCCAAAUUGCAUAGUGAGAUCCUGUCUUAAAAAGAUGAAAAAACCAAGAAGUAACCCCAGCCAACUGAAGAGCCAUUAAGAUGAUGGAAUCUAGACAAGUGGCACAUACCACAAAAUUCAAGAUAAGGUACUUACUCCUCUCACACUGCACUACCCCACAGGAUCCCUUUUGUCUCACGAGUACAAUGAGUAAACUGAAUCAGUCAAACUGAUGCGUGGGACAACAGACUUUUCCCUCAUCCAGACUGCCAAGCAACCACUGAGAAAAGACUGGCAUUAAACACUGCAAAAUCUCAGAGAUAUCCCUUAGGAGCAUACUUCACGUCACCAAAUAUGUAGCAUAUGUUUCAUACUAGGAUAUCUUUGGAGGGAAGAGAUAGAGACAGGGUUUCAUUACAUAGUUCACACUAGCCUCCAAUUCAUCAUGGAACCCAGGCUAUUCUCAAACUCAUGGGGAUCCUCCUGCCUCAGCUUCAAGUGCUGCAACUUCAGGUGAGUGCCACCACACCUAGCUUAGGUUUUACAACUUCGUUUUCCAUAGAUAACAGGUAAAAUUUCUAUCGCAUACUUAAUAUAAUACAUAUUAAAAUUAUUUUUAGAUGAAUUCAGAUAGUUAACAUUAAGCUUUUUUUUUUUCUUUUAAGGCAGGGUCUUUCUAUUGGGUUGAGACUGGCCUUGGGCUCAUUUUGUAGUACAGUCUAGUCUUGAACUUUGCAAAGAUCUGGCUCCCUCAGCCUCCUCAGUGCUGGGAUUAUAGGAGUGUGCCACCACACCCAGCUUAUUUCCCUUCUCUUUAAGAGAAAAAAUUUCCUCUUCCUCUUAGGAUUAGGUCCUUAAAGGCAAGUUUUGACCAUAUUUUUUUAAAAAGAUGAAUAAAUUUGAUAGUAUAAACCACCCAUACAGCAAGACACCAUAAAGAAAAGUUAACACACAUCAGUGUAAAUAUUUACAAUAUAUGUAACAGACCAGGGAAUUCAAAGUAAUAUAAAGAAUCACUACAAACUGAUCAUUUUUAAAAAGUCAUACAUAGAGAUUACAUAUAGACACAUACAGGAUACCAAAACUGACAGCCCGAAAGCCCAUGCUAUCCAUACUCAACUAAUUCUUCCUAAGUAACAGUCUGGGGCAAAACACCCAAAGAAAAAUUACUCAAUAUGGACUGGGGAUUUAGCUCAGCGGCAUAAGUGCCUGCCCAAUAUGAUGAAAGAUGUAAAUGCAGGAGUUAAACCUGUACAAUCCUGCUGGUCCGAUGGCAGUGGGUUAUCAGAACUUAUUAACAUUAGUGUCACUAAAGUUGGUAUACCACCCCCCCCACUGCUAAAUUUGACUGGCUUUAAAAAAAUAAAUAAAUAAAAAUAAGUCUGUAUAAUCCUUUGAGAAAACUAUAGGGGUAAAAUCUUUGUGACCCUGGGUUAGGCAAAAUAUUUCUUCUAACUGCAAAAUCACAAAGAACAAAAGAAAAAAGUUUGGUUUUUUCCUUCCUUUUGGUCUAUUUGAGACAAUGUUUCACUGUGCAGCUCAGGCCAGCCUUAAACUCACUUUGUAGCCCAAACUGGCCUCGAACUUGCAAUGUUUCUCCUUCCCCAACAUCAGUCCCGAAUGCUGGGAUUACAUAUGUGAGCCACUAUGCCCGCCCUGAAAAACUAAGUUUAAUUCAUAAAAAGGAAAA